AAAAGACAGAUCUUGAAUCUUGAUUUCUCACCUUAUGAAAUUCACACGCAGAAAUAUUACAUCCCAGUAGGAAGAAAGGAGGACUUGAAGCUUCUUAAGAUCUUUUACAGUCCAUAUUUUUACCCUAAAAACUUCAUUUGAAUCUCUGUUUAUCUACAAAUAUCCACGUAUUAUGUUAUUAUUAUGAAUAUAAUAUCCGUAAUGGUAGUUUCCACUUCUGUUUUUUCAUUCUUUUUUCUGGGGUGUUGCUUUUGAUUCAUUAUUAUAUAUGCAUUAUUAUAAAGGAGUAGUAGGUGGAAAAGGAAAGAGAAAACAUAAUAGCCCACAAGUUUUAUGUCCGAUUUGAUUUUGGGUCAUUUUGAUGUUGUUGGUCAUGUGAAAGGGUGAAAAAAGGAGAGGAAUAAAACCACUCUGGUAAUUUUUUUUUUUGGAAAAUCAAAAAAAAAAAAAAAGAGUGGUGGUAUUGAACAAAAGAACGUGCUGUCAAUUUCCUUUUGAAAUUUUUUGAUUUUCCAAUUUUUAUUGAAUACUGGGAAUCAAAAUCAAAGACGUGUUGAGCUGUUACCAUAAACAACAACACUAGUACCAUUCUUCUUGCCUUUAUUUUCUCUUUCUAUAAAUCAUCUUUUUCUAUUACAAAAAAAUUCUGAAAUCCCUUUUUAUUUUUCCCCUGCAAGCUGUAAUCCAAGGGGCUGUAGUACUAUCUUCAACCAAAUCAUAGAGCAUUAUAGCCUCCUCCUCCUCCUCCUCCUCUCUUUCUCUCUCUACAUUCAAUAUACUCUUUUGCAAAAUUUCAUAAUCCCCUUAUAACCACUGCGUGUGUGUGUGUUUUUGUGUCUGUCUGUCUUCGUGAAAUAGAGACGCCUUUACAUCUUUUACCCUCCCCUUCACACGCGUCUCUUCUUAUCUCUUUUACUGUGGAUUCUCUGCAAUGGACUCAUCAUAGCAUUUUUGUGUGCUAAACUCAACGACCCUUUACUUUUUUUCCAUUUGGGUUUGCCCACAUUGUGUUAAUUUGAGCUGAAAUAUACUCAAAGUUACAAUCUUUACAACUUGUAAGGCUCAUUUUCCCAUCUGGGUCUAAUUCAAGAACUCAACAAAUGGCACCAUCUUUUAACUGGUGGGCUAAAGAGACUCAUAGGGGUACACCAGUAGUAGUAAAAAUGGAAAAUCCAAACAAUUGGUCAAUGGUUGAGCUUGAAGGACCGUCCGAGGAUGACUUUUUAUUACCAAACGAUGAUGUUUCAAUGUCUCCAUACAAACGUGAAAAAGUCCGAAACAAGAAUGCUAAACAGCUCACUUGGGUUCUUUUACUCAAAGCUCAUAAAGCUGCUGGUUGUUUAACUUCCAUAGCAUCAGCAUUGUUGAGCCUCGGCGCCGCCGUCCGCCGCCGUAUAGCCUCCGGGAGGACUGACUCCGACAACCCAGCUGGCAAGAACCGGUUCUACACUUGCAUAAAGAUCUUCCUUUGGUUGUCGGUAAUCUUGUUAGGUUUUGAAAUAGCUGCAUAUUUUAAAGGCUGGCACUUUAGUGCUCCAGAUCUUCAACUGCAGUAUUUAUACUCUUUGGAUUUUCACACAUUCGCAAAUCCAUUAGCUGUGAAGAGUGUGUUUGAUUCGUUUUAUUCUAAGUGGGUUUUGAUUAGAGUGGAAUAUCUUGCCCCUCCUCUUCAAUUCUUAGCCAAUGCUUGCAUUGUGCUUUUCCUUAUCCAGAGUGUGGAUAGAUUAGUACUGUGUUUAGGGUGUUUUUGGAUCAAGAUUAAGAAGAUUAAGCCAGUGGCUAAACAGGGUCCACUGGAUCUGGAAUCUGGUGAUGCUAGUGGUUACUACCCUAUGGUUCUUGUUCAGAUCCCUAUGUGUAAUGAAAAAGAGGUUUAUCAGCAAUCUAUUGCUGCUGUGUGUUGUUUGGAGUGGCCUAAAUCAAGGUUUUUGAUUCAAAUUCUUGAUGAUUCUGAUGAUCCUACUACUCAGACAUUGAUCAAAGAGGAGGUGCAUAAAUGGCAAAAGGAAGGUGCUAAUAUAAUAUACAGGCAUAGAGUGAUUAGAGAAGGUUAUAAAGCUGGUAACCUUAAGUCAGCAAUGAAUUGCAGCUAUGUCCAAGAUUAUGAAUUUGUUGCCAUUUUUGAUGCUGAUUUUCAGCCAACUCCUGAUUUUCUUAAAAGAACCGUUCCUUAUUUCAAGGAUAAUGAGGACCUAGGAUUGGUUCAAGCAAGGUGGUCUUUUGUGAACAAGGAUGAAAAUCUACUAACAAGACUGCAACACAUUAAUUUGGCUUUUCAUUUUGAAGUGGAGCAGCAGGUGAAUGGUAUUUUCCUGAAUUUCUUUGGCUUUAAUGGGACUGCUGGAGUAUGGAGGAUAAAGGCAUUAGAAGAAUCUGGUGGUUGGUUAGAAAGAACUACUGUUGAAGAUAUGGACAUUGCAGUUCGGGCUCAUCUUCACGGUUGGAAAUUCGUCUUUCUUAAUGAUGUUGAGUGCCAAUGUGAGUUACCGGAAUCAUAUGAAGCGUAUAGGAAGCAACAACAUAGAUGGCAUUCGGGGCCAAUGCAGUUGUUCCGUCUCUGCUUACCUGCCAUCAUUAAAUCAAAGAUAAGCAUUUGGAAGAAGGGCAAUUUGAUAUUCCUUUUCUUCCUUUUGAGGAAGCUGAUAUUGCCAUUUUAUUCAUUCACUUUGUUUUGCAUAAUCCUCCCAAUGACAAUGUUCAUUCCUGAGGCAACACUCCCAUCGUGGGUUGUCUGUUACAUCCCCGCCACUAUGUCAUUCCUCAAUAUACUUCCGGCGCCUAAAUCUUUCCCUUUCAUCGUUCCAUACCUUCUAUUCGAGAACACCAUGUCCGUUACCAAGUUCAAUGCCAUGGUCUCAGGACUCUUCCAACUCGGAAGUGCAUACGAAUGGGUAGUCACCAAGAAAUCAGGGCGUUCCUCGGAGGGCGACCUUGCCUCGUUAGUCGAGGAAAAACCGAAACACCAACGAGGCGUUUCAGUGCCUGAUUUGGAGGAAUUGAGAGAGGAAAUUAAGGAGAAGGAGAAAAAGGCAUCAAAGAAGAAGAAGCACAACAGAAUAUAUACAAAAGAAUUGGCCUUGGCUUUCUUGCUAUUGACAGCUUCGGUGAGGAGCCUAUUAUCAGCUCAAGGAAUCCACUUUUACUUCUUGCUGUUUCAAGGUAUAUCAUUCCUGCUGGUUGGACUAGACUUGAUCGGUGAGCAGGUCGAUUAAAUCGCUGGUGUAGGGUUCAUAGGUUAGGGAUAUAUUAGUUCAACUGAAAAGUCAAGUUGGAAAUUAGAUGCUGAACCUGACCUUGGUACAUUCAUGUAAAUGAGAAGAAGAAGAAUGGGGAAAAUAUGUGGAGAGCUGAUUGCACUUAAUUCCCUCUCUGCCAACCCUUAAAGCUGUGACAAGAAGAGCAGAUGGUUAAGAAAAUGCAGCAGCUUUGAAUAGAGAAAACCAUUAAGAAUGGUGAUAGUGUUCAUUUUGAAGCACCCACCCUCCCACUCUGUUCAUGUAAUUUCUUUAUAUCUUCUGGAUUCUUUUUUUCUUUUGGGCUAUAUUCUUUUGUAAGAAGAAUUUGUCGUUGAAACAUUUAAUCACGGAAUUUAGUUGAAGUUGAAUAGUAUAGCAGCAUGCUGCUUUUUCACAAUAUAAAUCUCCAUUGUCUUUUUCUA